AUGUCUUCCAUGCGGAAUGCCGUUCAACGGCGGGUACACCGGGAGCGGGCUCAGCCCAGCGGCCGAGAGAAAUGGGGCAUUCUCGAGAAGCACAAGGACUAUUCCCUCCGCGCCCGCGACUACAACGUCAAAAAGGCGAAACUACAGCGCCUGCGUGAGAAAGCGCGAGACCGCAACCCAGACGAAUUUGCGUUCGGUAUGAUGUCCGACAAAACCAAGACACAGGGCCGCCAUGGCGCCAGAGGUUCAGAGACUGCUGCAAAUCUUAGCCAUGAGGCGAUUAAAUUGCUCAAGACGCAGGACGCGGGGUAUCUUAGGGUUGUUGGCGAGAGAGUGCGGAGGCAGUUGGAGAGGGUGGAGCAGGAGGUUAGGUUACAGGAUGGGAUAAGUGGGGUGUUUGAGGGCGCAAAGGGGGGGAAGAUUAUUUUUGCGGAUUCGUUGCAGGAGCAGAAGCGGUUAAAGGAGGAGAAGGGCAGGGAGAAUGGCGAUCGGGAUGUGGAUGGGGAUGGGGAUGAAGAAGGGGAGCAGUCGUCUGGAGAGAAGCAGAGACAAGCACAGAAAUCUAAGAAGCAAAUAGAAGCGGAGGAACGGGCUAGAAAGGAGAUUUUGGCGGCAAGAAGAUUGAAGAAAAGAGCAGCUGAGGUCCGGAGCAAGAAACUGGAGGCGCUGCGGAUGCAGCAUAAGGAGCUCGUUGCGGCGGAGCGGGAGCUGGAUCGACAACGGGCGAAGAUGGAGAAUUCAGUUGGGGGGGUUAAUAAGUAUGGAAUCAAAUGGAAGAUUAGGGAACGGAAGAAAUGA